AUGUUCUCCAUGCCUAUGACCAAGUUGGUCGCUCUGCUGGCGACCACAAUGGUCUCUUUGGCAUGGCCCACUGCAGCCGGAAUGGUUCUCCUCGCUGCUCUUAUCGGCAUGGUCCACUACGAACAGAAAUUCAACGAAGCGAUCUGUCGAGCCAAGAUUCAGGAGGCAGUACUUGAGGCCACUCAAGCUGAGCUGUCUGAAGUCAAAGACGACCUCCACGCCUCCCAAACCAAGCCUGCUAGUACUGACCUCUGCCUCGUCGGUACCGAAUCCAUCCUCGCCAACACCAAAAUUGCGCUCAAACAGAGCGAAAAGAAAGUCGUCGCCCACGUCGAGUUCCGCGAUGCACUCGGUAAGGAGCUAUCCCAAGCCCGACGCCAACGCGACCGUGCAGAAGGCGUAACGAUGUACCUCGACCACGCGCUCAAGGAGGCAAUACGCAAGAACGACUCCAAGGAAGAUGAGUGCUUCGAUAUACAGUGCCAGGUCCAGUUCAAAACCAAAGAGCUCCAGUCCAUGACGCUUUCUCUGGACAACACCAAGAAGGAGUUGGAGCGUGCGAACCAGUUCAGCCAGAAGGCGCAAGACGAGAUUGACGAACAGCACGUGACGAUCAUGUCAAAUGAAGACACCGCCAAACGUCUAUCUACGCAACUUGAGAACCUACAAAGGGCCUGCAAGGCCUUGAAAUCCGAAAUCCUAAGCUUGCAUCUAGGAUGGAUGUCGAGAUGUGACGAAUCCUGGCGCACGAAGAAAGCUCUCCAAGAAGAGAACAGACUACUGCGGAUUGAAAACGAAUCUUGGACGAAGAACAACGCCGGCACCAUUCAUGCCAUGCAAUCCCGUGUCAAUGAACUGGAGGGCGAAAAUGAAGACCUUGCCAGAGGUCUGAAGGUCAUGGUUGAGCGCGUCGAAGGCUACAUGAAGCAAAUCGAGGCCUGGGACCGAGAGGCUGAAAGGCGAGAAUGGAACGUCAUCCAAACCGAGAUAGCUGAGGUAGCUAGUGAGAUGAGGCAGAGUAUCGCAGAUGAAGAGGAGGAGGAGGAGUACGAGGAAUACGAAGAGUAUGAGGAGUACGAACCAGAAGGGUACCACCUCUGGACUCUCGACGGAGACAGCGAGGACGACGCCACGGUAUACGACCUCAAUGAAGAUAGCGAAGAAGAAGUAUCAGAGUGGUUCAUCCACGCGCCCACGGACACUAAGGGCUUGCCGUACCAGCAAAUGAGGGAGGACGCUUUGGAGAUGAGGGAGAUGAUCAACGCCGAGACCGAGGAACUUGAAGAGUGGGAUGAGGACAAUGAGGCUAUGGUCAACGGUCAGGAGGAGAUCGAGAACCCCGAGGAUCCGGAGCGCCUGGAAGAACAGCACACGGAUGACGACACUACGAGAGAUCCCUGCGACAAAUGA